AUGGCCCAACCAGGUUCAUUUUUUGGACACAAUAGAAGAUCUGGCUCUGGAAGGGAAAGAAGCAUUAGCUCAACUACAAGCUCAGCAAGUACAUCUAGGAGUGAGACUCCCCCAAGCAGAGCUGGAAAUAUUGUCAUAUCAUCAUCUGAAGUAGGAAAGAUAUUUGAUGCAAUAAACUCACUGUCCAAUAAAAUGAGUACACAAGAAGAAAUGUUAAAAAAACUGACAACUGCAAUGGAAGAUUUGGAAGAUGAGGUGCAAGAACUGAAAGUUAAUGAGAGAUCUCUUCUUGAAAAAAUUGAAAUGAUGCAUGAUCGCGAGGUGGUUGAAGAUGGAUCAAAAAUUCCGCCAGAAGUUUCAGUAAGUGUACACUACAGCAAUUCCUUCCCUUAACACACCUUGAAGUGAAAUUAAGACAGUCUCCCUGUUAUUUCAUGUCUCCUCCCUGAUGCUCACCCACUUGGUACAUUUGAAACUGGGAUAACUGCCUGUUAUACCAAGUGCUCAAUCCUGACAAUCUUAAUGGGGAACCAUAGACUGGUGUGCCAGCUUGCAAAAGACUACAGUAUAUUUUGACUUGAGCACUUCUCCUAAAAAAUUCUUUUGAAGUUUUUUUCUGUAAUAUACAUGUUGUGAUUCAAAUUUGUCCUUGGCUAAAAUUUUGUUUUUCGUUGUUUUUGAUUAUAAAUUUGAAGCUAAGGAAAAUAAAAUUUAAACCGUGGAUAAAAUUUAAGCACAACAUAUGCAAUUUAGAUUUGCUAUAUCCACACUUUUCCAGGUAAUGCUCAAUGUAUGGUUAACAGAAGUUGUAAAUCCUUGUAGAUUUUUUUGCUCAUAUCCAUCUCUAUUGUUUUUUCCUACAGCUAGCUGAAAAAAUCUGCUUUGGUAUAGUUUCUUAACUUUACAUCCAGUUCUUGAAGAGAUAAUUUUACGAGUGGCUGUCUUUUACUCGUCAAGUCCUGAAUCAAUUUCUGUCAUUUUUGGAGAUGUUUGGAUUUGUUUCCAAUCCAUAAACUCAGCUACAUCAAAGGCACAAACCUCUCAGCCAUUGUUUAUGUCCAUUUUGGUUAGCUUCUUCUCGGAAAUGUCAUACUCGAUAUUAAAGAAAGCAAAAAUGCAGUGGAUGCGAAGGAAUGACUUCCUACCGUAAAGGCAGGUGUUGUCAUAAUAACACAAAUACUGUAGGUUGCUGAUUGGUUGAUAAUAAACACACAAACUUUAUUCAAAUACAAUAGAACAAGAAUUGCAUUAACCGGCGGAAGGAAACUGCUUGUUUAUUUAUUUGUGGGAAUAAACAUCGGGUAAAAUUGAUUAGAAAACAAUAGGGGGUGGGGGCCUGUGUUUAAUAGUUUUUUUAUACUAAAAUGGGACUAGCUCCUGGCAAGUACUUUGUCUGAUCUAUUUUUAAUUUUGCUCCAGCCAUGUAGACUUCUUUUGGAUACUGUUCUAAAAUUUCUUUUUCACACCAUAAGGUGAUGAUAUGAUUGCAUAAUAGUAGACUCCUCUAUCAGCUUAGAAGUGAAAAUCUAAGAUUAAUGGAAUAGGAAUGUUGCGAGCUACUAGGUCUUCAUAUGAGAAGGCCGACUAAAAGUCCUAGUUCUCGUCAGCUGGAGCCCCUUUUUUUGUUAUUGUAAAGAGCAUGAGGCUUGUUAUGUUUGUCAGGUUUUUUUUAAUGGCAGGUGUUAUUGGUUAUGGACCUUAGGGUCAUAACUGCAGCUAUGUACAUGUAUAUAUGUAACUUGAUACCUCAUCAAUAAUAUCAUUAUUAGUCUUGUAGUUGUAUUUUAGUAGAGUAUGAUUUGGUACAAACAAAAAAUCCCACUUUGUUCACUUUAGGCAGAUGUACAUCUUCUUCACAACAACCUUUCAUUAGACAGACAGUACAAGCCUGAGGAAAGGUAUGACUGUUUUUUUUCUUUGCUGUGAUUAUUCAAAAAUAGUUGAACUCUCAAUAUAAUGUAGCUUAAGGUGACUUGCUACAAUUUCAGAUAUAAUCCUUCCUAAAUCCUUAAUCAUUCCCAAAUCCUUACAUUUCUGCUAUGUUUUUUUUCCUGCCAACAAAAAAAUUCUUAAGUUUUCAAAGAGACUUAUACAGAUAGUAACUCUUAUCCUUGAUUAUUGUUUUACUCUCCUCAUUCAAUAACUUUUAAUAACCAAUUUAACCAAUUAUUGGUUUGACAUUUCUAGUGCCCUCUCACCACACAACUUGUCUGUGCGACACCAUCUGGAAGAGCAGAUAGCUAACGAAGAUAAGGGAUAUGCCAUUAAGACAGUCAAGCGUAAGUCUCAUCAUGAAAAAUUAUAUGUUAUUGAUUGUUAACUGGCAUGUGGUCAAGAGUUCAAUAAUGGGCCCUUGUCACACAGCAGCUAGUUGGUUUCUUCUACUACAGAUGAAAUCUUUGCUGAUUUUCUUCAGCUCAGCCAAAAGCAGCUGAGCUACCAUCCCUUCAGUCCUUUGUUCUAAACAGUUAUCAGUAAAAGUGACUCAUUUUUCAUAGCAAUGACAAACAUCUUCCAAAUCUGAUCAACAGUUGCUGGUUAUGAACAAUUACAAGGCUGUACUCUAAGGAAAAUUGUAGGAAACCCAGUGCUCUGAACCUGUAAAAUCUAGGGUGCCCAGCGUAUGAUUUGUAUGAAAAAUCUGGGAUUUUCUAUUCGCCCUAGAGCAAAAAUUAGGCGCCGGGGCCCACUAGACUCUGCUAAAGCACAGCCCUGAAUUAGCAAGGGAAUUUUCCAAUAGGCUCUUUACAUGACUUGAUCAGGCUUAAAUCUCCUUUUAAUUAGUAACAGGCAAUUUUAGCCUUGAAAUGCGUAAGGGAAAGAUUUAAUGACAGUUUAAAAUUUUUAGAAUUUACAAGGAUUUGUAUGGAACACCAUGCAAGCAUGACUGGAUGGCAAAAGUUGUUUUUCUCAUACAAAAAAAUGCUUCUAAGCUUCGGCAGCCGUUGCAAUUGCUUGUUUUGAGACAUUUGGCUGAAAAUUCUCAGGUUACCUCAUUUUAAUAUGCUCUUUCAGCUUGUGGUAACAAAAUUUUUCAAAAAUGAACUGUUUUUGUAUUUACUGAAAGUUGAUCACAUAGUGAAGUCAUGCAAAAACCUUAUUUGAAACAUUUGGAGAAAUCUUUUGAAAUAUGAAUAAUAAUAUUUUAUUUGGCAACCUUUCAUGCAACUCAACUCUAGCAAUUAACUAGUGCAAAAUUAUGUGCAAUGGUGUUGCCAUUUUGUGUUACUUAAGGUUAGAUACUUUCAGCAUGGGCCCCCGGGUGACUUAUAUACAAGUGUGGUAGAGUGUUCAGGUUUAACUGCAGAUACCUUAAUAAACAUAUAUCAACAAUUUAAAGCUUAUUGAACUGGCUUUCUUUAUAAACCAACACUGUCAAUUUUUCUUUGUUUUUUUUUUUUUUGCUUAAGUUGCAUGAUCAUACAAAUAUAGAUACUCUUUCAGCUAAAAGUCAAACGACUUUGUUCAAUUGACCUUAAAUUUUGAGGAAUGUUUUUUGUAAUGAGUCAGCAACAAACGUGUGUUGGGGAAUUCUGUGUUUCUUAAAACUUUGUUGUUAAAAGGAGUUUUUGUAUGUUCAUCCAAAUUUUUUUUAGCCCUAUUUAAAAAUUUUUCUGUAACGUUUCAUAAAAAUUGAAAAGCUUAUAAGUGCUUUGACUUCUAACAGAAUUGAACAAAUCAAUUAAUGAAAAAAAAAUUGCUUUGAAUUGUAGCUUUGGAAAAGUGAUUCGGGCGCUCACAGUAAAAAAAAAUUAAAAAGUUGACAGUACAAGUUUUUUUUUUUAAAUCUUGGUCUAUUACGUAAGAUAGUAGUUCACUAAGCUUUAAUUUGAUAUAGGGUUUUGGGUUUCUACAGGUUAACUGAAACACACUAAAUCACUUGCAUGUGAGACAUCCCUGAAGGUAUCUGGUAACCUUAAGUUCUUUGCAGAUACUCAAAAACCUUAAAAAGCUAUACAUACAUGCAUGCAGCUGACUGAAACUAUGGAUGAAGGUGGUCUGAUUUUAUAUUAUGAUAAUGAAAAUGACACUCUUUUCACUUUUAUUUGCAGGUGGCAUUGUUAGGUACUAUGAAACAAAAAGAAAGCUUUAUCUACAGUCAUUACCUGAAAACAGGCAAAAAACGAAACAAACAAAACAGGAGAACAAAGUUCGUUCAAGAAGGAAAAGGGUAUGUUGACUUAAACUUCUUUUCUUUUUUCUGCCACUUUGUGUGUAAAAAGCAUCAACCAAUAAUAGUUCUGUACAGUGACAAAUUACAGUUAAUAGUAGUUUUGACUUUAAAAUGACCAAGCGGAUCACCCAUAAGCCUCUAUUGCAUCUCCAUUAGACAAAAGAAUAUUUAAUUGCAGACUAAACUGUAAUAACAGCUGUAAGUUGCUGUUUGAGUUGCAGCCUAGUUGGGCAGAACAGUAGCUAUGACAAUAUUGUUUCCUUUCUUAAAGCUAGUGUAGGUUUCUGUAUAUAUUUUUACCACCUCCAAAUAGUGUGUAACACUAGAAAGAAUUGACACUGAGAAAGUUACUCACUUACUCACUCAGCAAAAUAUUUCACCCUAAUAAAUUCAUUUUAGACAUUUUUUUCUGCAAUUAUUACUGGAAUUAAGACUUUAGGUACAUGGAAUAUAUGUAGCCUGAUUUUAAUGUGAAUUUUAAAAUCUCUUUCAGCUUUUCAGUGCACGAGUUAAAGUGGCGAGGGGCCAAGAGAAGGAGUUGAUGCAAGAGCUCAACUAUGACUUUGUGAGUGACGAGGAAGAUGGACCAGAAGGAAAUUGGAUCAUAAGGUCACCAAGAUGGAGGUCCCCAAGGGCCAGUGAAUUGAUGAGCCGUCUACAAAGACGAAUAGAUCAGACGAGAGAAGAAGAAGUGCGGCCACGUGUGCCAAGAGUUGAGGGACCUUUCUCAGAAAGGCCCAGGCCCAAGGUUCAUAUACCUUGGGCCUUAGGGGAAGAGGCAGCAAGAGGUUUUGCUGAACCCAACUCAGAGCCAGAGGAGGUGCAGAUAGAAACUCCUGCAGCAUCACCACCGAGGAGGAGAAGAAAAAGAUUCCAUUCUUUAAAUGAUGACUCCGAAACUGAUUAA